AUGGUGAUGGUUCAGUGCUGCAGAUCACUGGGAUGCAUUGGCGAGGCGAUAGUCCUCUGCCAAUUUGGACCCGACGGAGGUGCCCUAAUCACCACGGGCCUUCAGAUCAUUGAUUCCCUUCGCUGUGGGGAGAAUGUCGCGUUCCCAUACACUUUUGACUCGCUCGACGGCAUCGCCACAUUCCUCUGGAAUCUUGACUUACUAGAGGCCCUAACUAACCUCCAAUUUUUCAAUUGCUCCCAGUCCAAAAAGACAACUUUUUUACGCUGUAUCAACCAACCCGAAGUGAAUGCCUCCAAUACGAGGGAAAUCCUUCAAAUGACAAGAAACAAACGAGCCUCGGAAUUCCUUCGCCACUUUUCCGAUCAGAUACUAACAUGA